GCUCAACAGCCCGCCGUCGUUGUAGGACGUCAGAUCAUCCUGAUGCUUCCCCAGUAGUUCUCUAAACAAAAAGCGCAUGCGCAUUUUGACCGGAUCUUGUUCUCAUACGAUGCUACAACUUCAAGAACUUCAGCGUAGGCAGCAAGAAGCUUGACGAGCCUUCCAGAAAAAUAAGUUUUGACGUUGCUGUUGUUACUGCAGCUGCAAGUAUUGAGCAGGAAAGGGUCCUCUUAGUGCAAAAAUCGUACGAGAUGGCGGACGUUUCGGAUCCUAGUGCAACUGCUGAGGCGAAAAAGCCCGUCGUGGUUAUUGGUGGAGGCUUGGUCGGUUGCCUCUGUGCUGUGUUGCUGCAAAAGACAGAGAAGUUUCAAGUCACGGUGUACGAAAGGUAUGUCAAAAAUGAUGAUCAUGGUUUGACCUUAGAUUUAGCAUCAGGGUCAGCUUGUUUGACACCAUGCGACGCGGUUCGUUCUAGACUUCUACUACAGGGUUCGUCGUUGCUGGGUUGGUGUAUGACGAUCUUCAAAAGGAAACAACGAUAAUAUGACUCAUGUAGUUUUGGCAUGUCAACAAGGUCAACAACGGGCCGCUGACCUCAGUAAAGAAAACUUAUCACCAGGUAUUCUGACAUACGCACUAUUCCGACUGGCGCGGGCCGGAGUAUCAAUCUGGUGAUGACGCGACGCGGGCUGAAGGCGGCAGAGUUACUCGGAAUGAAAGAGGAUCUGGUCAACCUGUCUGUGAAGGUCCGAGGCCGAACGAUGCACCAGCUGGACCGGAGUCAGGUGUUCCAAAAGUACGGACGAGAGGAGGAUUGCAACUACAGCGUCAGCCGCUACGAAUUGAACUGUUUCCUUUUGAAGGAGGCGGAAAGGCUCGGGGUGGACCUGCUCUUCGGCUACAAGCUCAAGUCCGCCGACUUCGGGAUGAAAGCUCCUGGAGGUGAUAAAAGCAAAAACUCGGCCAAGGUAGAAAAUGCCAACCCGGACUACCGCACGAAGCUGGUCUUCAUCCAAACCACAGACGCCACGAAGAAUGCACCGAAGUCGCAUAGUACUAGCACGACUGAUGAAGCCCCCACAACCGCUGCUCCACCAACAGACGAGCAGUUGCACUCCGUCGAACUCGACCCGCACACGCCGGUUUUUGGCUGCGACGGCGGGCCGAGCGGACUGCGCUACUCGCUGCGGGACCAGGGCUUCUUGACGUUCAAAGAGGAGAUUCUGGGCCAGAGCUACCGGGAGCUAAUUUUCCCGAAAAACAGCGAGGGCGGCUACUGCAUGGAGCCCAGCGCACUGCACAUCUGGCCCAGGAGAACGCACAUGAUGAUGGGUACUAUCGAGUAGAGAAGUGUAGUUUUUGGUCUAAGAGUAAAGAAUUUGGUUCUAAGGUUUUCAUUGUGUAGUUGUUCUACCUAGUACCAAGAUCAUGUUGAUGGUUAAACGAAAGUAAAAUAAACGAAAACUCAAACUACUGAUUAGUGCACCACGACACUACAUCAACCAGGUCUCGCGGAUCGCGGCGGUACCUUCACGGGCACUCUCUACGUCGACAACGACGCGUGGUAUGCAUUGCAAAAGUGUCUGGGUCUGGAAGAGUGCAGGACUUGUCAUGCUUGUCUGGCAUGACUCUUGGAUCUGUGAUGCGUAAGCAGGAACGGGGCCUCCCGCCUGUCAUGCAACAACGCAGUUUGCCAUGCAGAAAACGAAGCACAUGGCACGUGCAAAAACUUGUCAUGCUUGGCUGCAUAUUGUACGUAGUGCGCCCACGACUCACAGAUUUGCAUCACAAGUUUCCAGACCCAGACUUUUUUGCACUUGAUACGUUGCCGCAGGACACAAAAGAAGCGGAAGAAUUUUUUCAGCAGCACUACCCCUCUUCGGUCCCGCUUCUCGGCGGCAUGGAGUCCGCCUGCGAGCAGUUACUGCGGAAGAAGCCCGGGAUUUUGGGAACCAUCUUCACGUCGAAGUACAACCUCCACGGGAAGGCGCUGUUGCUGGGCGAUUCGGCGCAUGCCAUCGUCCCGUUUUUCGGCCAGGGGUGCAACUGCGGUUUUGAGGACUGCGUCAUCUUGGAUGACUUGUUGAAGAAACAGUGCGAGAAAAUGGACCGACAAAAUGUCACCGCGAAGGACUUUACCUUUGACGAGUUCUGGUACCCGGUCUUCGAGGAAUUCCACGCGUUGCGAAAACCCUCCGCGGACGCGAUCGCCAAGCUGGCGUUAGAAAACUUCGUGGAGAUGCGGGAGCUGGUGGGGGACCGCGAGUUUUUGAAGUGCAAGCACGUGGAGAAAAUCCUGGAAAUGAAGAUUCCGGAAAAGUUCCGGUCCCGGUACUCUCUCGUCUGCUACGGGAGCGCGGCGGUCGGAGGAUUGAGCUACGCAAACGCGUUUGAACUCGGCCAAGUGUAUGCAAUGCAAAAGUAUCGUAGUCGUAUAAAUGCAUUACAAAUUUUCUCAGCAUGAGAAAUAAAAUUUGUAUUGCGGAUUUGAAUUAACAAAUAGAUUUGUAAUGCAUGAUUGCAAUACGAAUACGAUACUUUUGCACAGGAUAAAGUGAUCAAGGAGGUGAUCUUGGAAAUCGUUUUGAAAUGCGAGGUAUCAAUCGCAAAAAUGUCUGGGUCUGGAAGAAGACAAGAUUUGUGAUGCAGGUUUUCUAUGGCCCAUGAGGUCUGGAAUGCGAGACCCAGCAUGACAGAUUCAUCUUUGAGGUCUCUAUCAUACCAUUCCUACAUGAGAAACUACCUCUCAACUUGGUCAAAAGGGGACAGCUUUUGGCACUCAUGCAACACAGAUUUCUGCAUGAUUCGGAUUUAGCAUGACAAGUUGCAAUCUUCCAGACCCAGACAUUUUUGCAAUCCAUACGAGGAAGUAAUGAAUGGAGGGGGGAGUGGCGUGUCCGCUUCAACAACCGCGAGCGAGGAAGCGAGUGAGGAGACGAAAGAUGUUGGCAGUGAUAAACCUACAACUUCCCCGUUGAAAGAGUACAUCUACGACUGGACGAGCUUACUGAAGGACGCGGAGAAGACGGAGCAAGAAGUGCAAAAAUUGCAGGAAGAUCAGGACGAAAUGGUUUUGAAAUACGGCGAGCCGCUGGUGGAUGCGCGGAUAGUACCGAAAUGCAAGGAGUUGGGCAUGGACCUCGGAUUGAUCUACGCGUGAUGCAAUUACUUUUUACCGAUCUUAUCCACCUCCGAAACCGCUUUACCAACAUUCUUGUUCGAAAUUAUUCUUUACGCUGUACUAUCGCGAGAUGAUGGUUGAAUUUUUGACGCUGUAAUGUAUGAAUACUUCUUGCUUUACUCCUGGGAAAGAAAUGAACUUCCUCGUCGUUCUAGCAGUGCGCAAGCAUUUCAUCUGUGUAUCCAAGAACAAAAAUGAAAAAACUGGAGAAGUUGUGAUGAUAUUGUCUACUUCGUGUGCAGAGGAC